UUGAGCGAGGGUGCAUAACGCCGUGGUCCUGUGCUAGUAGUGUGUUGCAAUUUGGCGUUACACAAAUUUAUCACGACAGGAGUGUGCUACGAUGCCUUCGUUGGCUUUGUAUGAAGCGUGGCUCCAGUAGACUGGGCGAACCGAUGCAUUUGCUCGAUCGGUGUCAGCAAGCGUUCUGUGAGCCCGUGAGUGUGGGGUUUUCGGUUUCGGAGGGUCAGCCAGCCGACAUUUGCGUUAGGCCUAGUUGGAUGCUAUGCAGACUGACAGAAGCGACAAGUUACUGCUUCGCCGAGGGAGCCGCCGGACGCGAAUCAUAAUGGAAAAAGCUGGCAGGCAGCAGUGCAAACAUGGCCCUAGCCUGUGGGCAGCUGCCAGCUGAGGGCCCGGAAACGCCAGUGCUUUCAUGGUGGUGCAGUGCGGUAUGGAGGAAGUGCGCGUGUGCCCCGUGGCGCCCCCUCCCCCUUUGGGGGCUGCCCCCCAGGAUGACGGGGACGACCCAGAGGUCAUGCAGGUGACUGGUGAAGGGUUGGCGGUGCACCUGCGACCCAAGAAGCAGCGGGUGAAUGGGGCCAGCCAGCCGGGGGUCACAUGGGGGGACAACACGGAGGAGCGAGAGCGGCCCAUGUCCUGGGAGGGUGAGCUCUCGGAUGACGACGAGGAUGAUGACAGUGGUGCCCAGGCUGUCCAGCAGUCACCAGCUGCAGCAGCAUCAGGGGUGGUGGUCGUGCGACCAGGAAAUAGCCCAAUGCUGGUGGAGAGGGAUGAUGGGACCACAUCACCCAUCAGUCUGACUGUAUCUUCAGGUCCGGACUCAAAGGGCAAUGGCACAAGUGACAAGUGUAUUUCUCGUGUGAACCUGCCAGACAAGAGCUCUUCCAACCAUGUGAUCACCUAUGUGCCACCUGUCUCUCCUGCACCGUCCACGCCCUAUGGCAGUGUCACACCAACAGUUGUACCUGCUUUUCCUGAGCGGCAGCAACACACCCACAAUAGCUCCUUUGGGGAAGGACGACUCGGUGGCAGUAGUGCCUUCCAGCCACCACCCUUUGGUGAGAGCCCACGUCCCACCAGCUCGUCAAGCUCACGGUCGUCGUACUCACCUAGCCAGAGCCCACUACUUGGAGGCAGCAGAGGAGGGCCCCUGGGACUGCCUCCACGUCAUGGGGCUGCCUCCUCUGAUGGCUCCCUCUACUCGCCCACGAGUAGCCCACUGCAGGGCCGCCAUGUGUCCUUGGUAGAAGCAGUCUACUCACCUUCUCAAAGUCCAAGCCAAAGCCGGCAUCGAUUGGCUGACGGCCUUUCCCCAACAGCAGCUCACUUGCGCAACCUUUCAGUGUCCCGUACAAACACUAGUGCGGUGCCAUACACACCAGCGAACUCGGAGCCUCCUUAUCCCUAUCUUGUGGUUCAGCCCACACCCGACACUCGAUCAACAGCUUCUAGUGCAUCUGUGGCAUCCAGUGCAUCAGAUGAGUCCAAUGCCUCUGACCUGUCCAGCCCAACUCGACGUCCCUCAGCUGAAGGGGCUGGAGUUGACCCACUGGGGGCCCUUGGGGAAGCCCCCGGUGGUGUUUCACGACAGCAGCUGCUCAGUGGGCCAUGCCCCAUUUGUGGGGAUCGCAUUUCGGGCUUUCACUAUGGUAUCUUUUCCUGUGAAAGCUGCAAGGGGUUCUUCAAACGUACAGUGCAGAACAAAAAGCACUAUGUCUGUCUUCGAGGAGCUGCCUGCCCAGUUGCUGUGGCUACACGGAAAAAGUGCCCUGCCUGCCGUUUUGACAAAUGCCUCAGGACAGGCAUGAAACUUGAAGCCAUUCGUGAGGACAGGACUCGGGGUGGCCGAAGCACAUACCAGUGCUCAUACUCUCUGCCAUCACAACUUGUUGGUGGUGAUUCUCGUCUUACCUCAGAGUCUGGAGACAUACCUGUAGAGCCCAUACCCCUGUUGCAAAAAGAGUCACGCAGCUUGUCAUCAGGGUCUCCACUGGAAGGAUCCCCGCAGCCUUUUGUGGGCCAGCAGCAGCCACCUGUAGUACCCUCUCUUGUGCAGGAAAUUGUCUCUGUGGAGCACCUCUGGCACUAUACUGACCGAGAGAUAAGUCGGUUGUCGGAGCAGUUUGGCAACAAGGUGUCUGCUACUGGAGCCACAACACUGGAUGCAGGAGCCCCUGAUUCCCCUGGGAGCCUGGGUGCAGAUGGAGGCCCAAGUUUGUUGAGCAGCCUUUGCAACAUUGCAGACCAUCGUCUCUACAAGAUUGUCAAGUGGUGCAAAAGCCUCCCUCUGUUCAGAGAAAUCCAGGUGGAUGACCAAAUAGCUCUGCUGAUCAACUCCUGGUGUGAACUCCUUCUGCUGAGCUGUUGCUACCGGUCAACUGGCACACCUAAUGAGAUCAGGGUGUCCAUGGGCAAGUCGGUGACCCUGGGCCAGGCGCGGCACCUUGGCAUGGGACCUGUCAUCGAACGAAUGCUGGGCCUCACAGACCUCCUGCGCCGCCUCCAGGUUGAUCAGCGCGAGUUCGUCUGUCUCAAGGUCAUCAUCCUGCUAACCUCAGAUGCCAGUGGCCUGAAAGAGCCUGAGAAGGUUCGUGCCUGCAAGAAGCAAGUGCUGGAGGCCCUUCAGGCAUACACUAUAUCUCACUACCCAUCACAGCCAUCCAAGUUUGGUGAGCUGCUACUGUGUGUGCCCGAACUCGAGCGUGCCUGCCAGGUGAGCAAGGAGUCCCUAGCAGCAUCGCGGCGCAUCGCCUCUUCUGGUGGUGCUUCAUCUUCCUCUGCACCUAUGGCUGAUACGCAAGCUCCUAGCUUCAACCUUCUCUUUGAACUCUUGCGAGGUGACCACUGAGUGCCCAUUGGGUGCCCACUGGGUGUUCAUCUUUGUGCACCUGUACAUAGUGCCCUUUGGUGGAUGUGCAGAGACCACGGAAAGGGAGAGCAUGAGACGGGCAGACUGUGUUCGCUCCUCCCCCACCCCACCCCAUGUGAUGUGUUGUGCUCUUCUUCCGUGAGAAAUAGGACAUUAUUCUGGAAGAUGAGGUGACGUCGCCUUCUAGAUUUAUUUCCUCAUUUAAUUGUGCUACUGCAAAAGUGAUGUGCUAUGUCUCCUCCUCUUUUUGCAUAUUACUACUUGCCAGUUUCCACUGACUGUCCUUCAAUUCCUAGUGCUGGUCUUCCUUCCUAGUCUUCCCCACUGCUGUACCCUUCUUUGCUAGCCAUCAGCUGCAAAUGAAAGACUUGGGGAAGAGAGAGUGAGGCGUUUUCCCACUGAAGGCUUAGCCACACUGUUUAAUCAUCAUGAUUCUAUUUUUGCUUGGUCUCUGUCACUUCAAAAGGAAGAGAUUCUAGGUUAAGACUACUACACAUUGCAUCGUUGUUGUUGCAGAGAGCCCUUAUCUUUCUUUCUCUCAAUCUCUCCUUUAGAUACGAAGCAGCUUAUGCUCGGGGCUGUGUCCGUCCCUCGGCGACCGUCCGCUCCCCCACUGCGCAUGUGCCAACUUUCCCCCCUCUCCUCGCAUGAGCACAAGGAGGUGGGGUGGAGGAGGUGGCACAGCGGUGUCUCCGCUUCGUUUCUUUUCUUCUCCCGUUCAUCUCCUCUACAGCUGUGCGCUCGUAUAAAAUGCUGCGCGCGCUCGUUCCGUUGCACUUUCCUAGCAGCGCUGGGUGUUCACUUUGCGGCACACACGGUAAUACACACAAAUAGAGGGGGGGGGGGGGGGGGGUAAGAUAAGUGGUACACAACAUACUACACACAACUCCACAGGCAAAUUAAACAUAGUACCGAAACCUACAAAUGGAAACACAAGUGAACACCAGCGCUGCUUCGCAUCUCCACAUGGUUCCUUCCCUUUAGUGAGAGAUGGUGCUUGUAGCCUUUUUUUACUUACUUUUUUUGCUAAGUGUUGAAAUUAUUAUUACAUCAAUAGAGCAUGAAUUUGUCUUACUCUUUGGCUCACAAUCAAUGGAUUUUAGCUGUUGUCAUUUGGAGUCAAGGCACAAACCACAAAGCUGUAGCUGUGGCCACAGUGGACUUUCUUCUAUUUGCAAAUUGUGUUGUUGUACCUUGUUUACUUUUAAUGCUGUGUCUCAGAUUAAUAUUCAAAAUGGCAAUGGCAGCUUUUCUUUAUUAUUUUUUAAAUAAAUAAAUAGACUGUGCCAGAGAUAUGACAGCAUAACUUCAUUGACCAUUAUUAUGCAACAUUUUUCUCAGGAUCAUGAUGACUUUAAAGCUCAUGCAGAUGUUCAUUUUGUAGUUGUUUAAAAUGCAAUUGAUCCCCAUUGUCAUUUCAUUUGAAGGUCCCAGUUUACAAGGAGGUUCUUUAGCAUUUCCUAGUUAACAUUGUUAACGCUUACAACAGAUUUGCAUUUUGAGCAGGUGUGAACAAGGGCUAGCCAUGUUGUUUUAUAGGCACAUUAAACAUGUAUGUGGAAGGUAAACCACUAAUUACUCAGCUUUACACUGGGACCUUUUCUUGUGCAUGGACAUUAAAAGUAGUGUUACAUUGAACGAAUUCCAUUCUUACUGAGGCAUUUACUUAGUAUACAUUAAUUUUUUUGCAUUACAGGAAAAACUUCAUCUUCGUGGUACUUUUUUUUUAUUUAGCCCACAUCUCAUCGGAUAUUUCCGAAACCUCCUUUACACAUCGUAGUAUAACUCUAGCAUACUGGCACUCAGCAGGAAAAGAAAAUUUUAUAGAUUUUAUAUCUGCUUUACAAUUUUAUGAAGUUAUACAAACUCUUUUUGAAUAGGCUGUCUUUCACCACUGUCCAGAGUGUGCUACAGCAUUAUUGCUCCUUCGCUGAUUUAGUUCUCAUGAUGCAUGGUGAACCAGGCUUGUGUAUUUUUGCCAUUGCUUGCCAUACAAAGUAUAGUCGACUCAAACAGUGUUGCAUUGUGUGCACAUAAAAGUGAGAAAGGCACUUAUGCAAAAGCUUCUGCUUGUGGGUGUUUCGACAUGCUUGCAUUCUUCUUCUUUUUUUUUUUAAGUUAUAGAAAAUGCUCAUGUAUAGGAUGCCGUACAUCAUCAGCUUGUGCCAAAAUAAGCCCUGCAUUCUUCUGUGCUUCUCCUUUGAAGUUGCACUAUUAUUGCUCAUUUCCACUAAAGCUUCAUGCUCUUGUACUGACAUUUUUUCAGUAAUUGCUGUUGGCUGUUCCUGCUAUGUCUUGAAUUUAUUAAUGAGCUGCCAUGGUUUCCUUUCAUUUGAGUCAUUGAAUGAAUGCCACUCUUGAAUGAACACAUGUGCACAAGUUUGAGCAUUGCUUAUGUGACCCAUUGGCUAAGCAAUAUCUGCACAAUGCAAAGAAUGCUCCUGCACAUUUGAAUUGAUGUCAAAUGCACCUGCAGGAUUUGCUUCUGCUGCUUUACUCAUUUUUACUGUUUUCCUUCUUUCUUGUUUGCAUUGCACAAGAAUCAAGGAGGCUUUUAUGUGAAUUUCCACCCAUAAUACGAACAUAGCAAUGAGUGGGAGUUCUAGGCACAGCUUUUAAGGUUAGCUCUUUUGUCCACUUUCUCCAUACUUCAGUCUUUUAGGGUAAGAUUUCUGGCCUAUGACGCUUUCAGUUUCAUCAUCUUCUUUUUUUUUUUUAUCGCAACUUUCGCCUUCGCAUUUAUGCCUUGGAGUGUCCAUUGGUCAUGUAUUAUGUGCUGCAUUUCUUACCCUUUUGGCCUGAAACUUUGUUCUUUCAGUGUCUUGUGUGCCUGUAAAAGCGGUCUCGCACAGCCGCAAGCCAAAACUCCUGCUGUAUUUAUUGUACAUAGAAAUGUUCUUAGAGAGAAGUCAGAAGGUGGCCAAGUCCUGCCACUUGACUCUUAGUGUUUAAAAAGUUUUUUAAUGCUAGUUUUGACUGCAAUUUUUAUUAAGCCUCAUAUUUAGCUGUACAGCGAAGGUGAGAAGGAGUGUGAAUUUUUUUUCUUUUAGAGAACAACACUCAAUCUAUGCAGACACUAAAAACAAAUUCAUUAUUUGGCAUCAUUUGCCUCCUAUGCUAUUAAGAGUUAUUAGUUCUCACUCCUCUUUUCUUAUGGUAUUUUUCUUAUGGUCCCAGUUCACGGGAAUCAUCUAAACACUCACUACUGCAUAAUGUGCUGUCCUUGUGUUGUUGUCAGGGACCAAAGUGACUGUGAGCCCUUUUUUUUUCUUUUUUUUUCCUUUUUUUCAUGUUCAACCGAUACUUCUCGAAGCUGCGACCAUUUUCCUUGUCCAUGCGGGUUCAAGGUGUCUGUAGCUUUCUUUAUAAGAAUAUGUGCCUGCGUCAUUUUUCUUGCCGAGUCUAGAGAAAACAGCACAUUUAGAAGUUUCAGAUGCUCACUUCAUUUUUGCCAAGAAAGGAAGUAUCAUUGAAGCCAUUUUGAGCAGACCUAUUUUGUGCAAGUUUUAAUGAAUAGAAUCGGGCACCUAGAAACACUGAAAAACAUUUCUUGUUGGCUGUUGUGAGGCAUUCUUGAUAAUCAGUGGUGCGCUUUUUUGCACACGCACUUUUCUUGGGUGCAGUUAACAGUGUUAUUUUCCAAAGAAGCACCUCUGUAAAGACCAUUGCCUUGCUCUUUGAUUUGGCUUCUUACAUUGUUUCUGCAUUGCCAUGGAAACAUGAGUGCCAGGAGGGUACAGAAUGAAUAUAAUCUGAAGCCAUGCUUGUAACAGUUAAGUUCAAGUGUUGUAUAUCACACUUGUCUCAGAACAGCUGAACUAUCAUAAUUCACAGCAGAAAAGAAGUCACAAUAAGACUUGUUCUGCCUUUGGUACCUCUAGAGUGAGGAUCUAGCCAAUUUUACAUUCCCAUAAUGUGUAUCAUUGUCUUACAGUGAAAUUGUGCAGCUUUUAUACAGAAGGUAUUGUUUUAGACUUAUGCCGAGUGAUGUGAGCGUAACUUUAAUGUAUCAACACAGCCCGCACGUUGAUAUAUUUAUGUGCUUUAGGAGAAGGGCACAACAUUUACCUUGAAAAAAAGAAAAGUAUGCAUUAUUCACAGUGCCUCGUAGCUAAAACUUUGUAAAGGAUUCUGCUAUGAGUCACAUUUGUCGAACUUCAGCUGUCAGUGCACCGACUUUUGUCAUUUGAAAUGUCGCAUGUUUACAAGAAAGACUAUUUUGUGUGUCUGUGUGUGUGUGCUUGUAUUUAGUGCUUUGUUAAAACAAAACCUUACCGGUGAAUUGUGCCAGUGGUGAUAUAGCUUCCAAGAAGUUCUCUUGAAUGAAUUGCUGACUGUCGACGGCCUCAGGUGCAGUUUUGAGGCGUAAUAAUUGUUUGUGUAUGUUUGCACGCAAGACAUCUUGUGUUUCCAUCACCAUGUUUUCUACAAGGGCAGCUUGGCUUGUGAUCUUUUCGACUGCGAAUAUGUGUUAUAUGUUAGUCUCACUGGUACUAUACUGCCAUGAUGAUCUUGGUUGUGGAGUAGCUUGAUCAAACAUUUUGCUUACCGUGUAUGUCACCAGUCCUGCGUGUGCGUCCGAAACUGAGAUAGAUUUUUGAAGAAAAAAAAAAUGCAGCCAGGAGCAAUAGUACUUGCCUAUUGGUUGAGCGGUCUCCUGUGUUGUACAGUGCUUUAGGUUGCAGCUUUUAUCGACGUUAAGCAUAAAUUUUUGUGCUGUUUUACAGCAGUUUGCAGAAAUAGAUGAAAACAGCAGAAUGUUAUCAUCUCCAAGCUGCAGAACUGAAAGGUAACUAUUGCACCAUUGCUAUGUUAUUGAGCAGAAAACAGUGCAAGAAAUGUAUCAGAUUUUUUUUUUGCCACUGUUUUUCACUUUAACAACUUUACAGUGAUGUACCGACUGGCCUUACAGUCAAUGCUUCUAACUACUGCACUUCAAACAUCAAGUGUCGGGCUCACUAAAUGAUGCAUUGCACCUUUACCUUGCCUUUACAGUUUGCACAGAGGCAUUGGGUCACUGUUAUAGUAGCAAUGACACACAAUGUAAUAUAGCCAUCUUCGUAAAAAUAAUGCUGCCGGUACUAUUACUUUGAGGGUAGACAGUGGUCCUCUUGGCCAAUCUAUAGAUUACCAAAAAAAUUUACUUUUUUUGCGAAGAAAUGUCCCAGAGAAUCUGUUACUACAAUAAAAAUUCACAGUUUCGCCAAAAGGGCGAAGCAA